GCAGAGCUCCUCGCAGACCCUCGAGACACACGGCGUAUGCGUAAUUACAGGCCAUCAACAGCUGGCCAGUUGCCCACAGAAGAGCCACAACCUAUCUACCUUCGGUGACCCAAUUCGCGGUUGGGCUCUAAAGUUCAAUCCUUGUUUAAGUGCCUCCAUUGUGUGUCAAUAAACUCGCGUGCCCGGUUUUCACUCACCAGUUCAACGGCGAAACUCUCCAGUUCCAGCUGGCCCAGUCCGGAGCCAUUCAGCUGCCAAGACGAUUGCCACCCACGUCCAAGCACAUCCACUGACGCCUUCUGGCGGCCGCUACUGCCGACGAUUUGUUUGCUUUGUGCCAACUUUGAUGACUCACCGGAGUGUCGCCGACUUGAACUGAGUCUGAGCCGGGUCUGCGGCAGCCAAACACUCUGAGCCAAGUUCAGUCGCGUCAUUAUCUCUGCCGAAUCCCACACACGAGCUCCGCAUCGAAUCGCAUCGAAUUCAACCGACUGCCAUCUCAUCAAACAGACUCCAUUUGGCGAUGGCGUCACAAGGUUCCUCAAGGCUGGCGCAAAUGCAGAUGCGUUUCCAGCAGCGCACACAGCAGGAGCAGGAGUUGCGCAGACGGGAGCUGAUGAGCAUGAAGUCGAGUGCCGAGAAUCUGGCCACUGGAGCGCCAAGUGCCGCCACCACCAGGUUGAUCGGGAAUGGGAAAGUGCGGCAGAUGUUCGACGAACGUCGUCGCGGAGCGGGCAUUGAUCGCAGUAAUCCCCUCAAGCCGAUCGGCACUCUGCCCUCGCCACCAGCCCCAUCGAAAUCUCGCCCAGAGCCACCGAUGCAGCGUCUUGUCAAGGGCGUGUCAGACAUGACCGUGCGGGAUGCACCCAAUGCAGGCAGGAGGAUUACCAGUGACAGCAAUAAUAACAAUAAGUUCGCCACUCCAAGGAGUACAGUGAACCGGAACCUGAAGCCCGUGGUCACGCGGAAGACACCGCCAGCUCAGGAGGUCACGCUGCCCCAACGUUCUCCACCUCCACAACGGAGUCCCAAGACUCAGACGACCAAUCGAUUAGCUGGAGGAACCGCUGUUGCGCCGCCAGCCACUCGUGUUUCACCGCCAGUUAUUCGACGGGCGGAGCCAAAAUUCCCUGUUAAAAAGGUCAACAUGGACACAACGUCGGCAAUCCCAGAGGGCACCGCUUUAUGCCGCUACUGCAGACGCCACUUCAACACGGAUCGUUUGGCGAAGCACGAGGCGGUGUGCCAGCGCAUGGUGAGCACCAAACGCAAGAUAUUCGACGCCUCCAAGCAACGGAUCGAGGGCACCGAAGCCGAGACGUUCAACAAAAAGUCUAAGGGCAAUCGCACACGUUCCACGUACAGUAGUGCUGCCCAGCAGAAGGGUCUGACCACAGGGGUGAAGAAGAACAACUGGCGCAAGAAGCAUGAGGACUUUAUUCAGUCGAUUAGAGCGGCCAAGCAGGUUCAGUUGCACUUGGCGCGCGGCGGUAAGUUGAGCGAUCUGCCACCGCCGCCGCCUUCGGAGAAUCCAGACUACGUCCAGUGUCCCCACUGCGGUCGCCGAUUCAACGAACAGGCCGCGGAGCGUCAUAUCCCCAAGUGCGUUAACAUGGUGCACAACAAGCCCCGGAACGGUCCCGCGACAAAGAGGCGUUGAUGGGUGAUUGGGAAUUAGGUAUUCGCUGAUCUCUGGCUGAUAACAGUGAUCAUGACCAUACUUUUACUUGUGAUAAAGAAGUUUGAUGAUUGAAACGAA